CUUUAUCUAUCACAACAACUGCUUAACCCCCAAAUGUCCAAGCUUCCGCCGAUGCAGUCAGAUAGCAAGGAUCUGGGGAACGUAAUCCAUAUGUUUUUAUUCGAUAAAAUUACCAUUAUUCAACGUUAUCUAUCAGAUAGACGUUAAAUUUUUGCUGUGAUAACGACUUUCUCUCAUAAACAUCUAUUAUUCACUAUAUGGCGAGCAACUCAUGUAGGUAACAAUACCAAGAUAUCAUGUCUGCCAAAAAAUUUCAGUCUUCCCGUGAACGGUUAGUAUUACAGUUAUCAGUACCACCAGAAGCCCUCCCUUGUACCAGUACGAUACCAUAUAAUAUGCAGCUUGUCCCCUCCUGUAUCACACUCGUAGAUUCUGAUUAAUAAAUCUGUGAGUACAACAUUUUAUGCAUUGCAUUGGGUGGAAUAUACCUCUUCAACAAGUAUGCCAAUCGCACCUCCACUCAACUCUGGCUGGGGAUAUGGAAUUGUCCUUGGCCUGGGAGCUCUUUUCGCAUUUGGCAUGGUAAGUUUCACAUCUUAACUGCUACAAUUGGGUCUCAAACUAAGUUUUGACUCAACCAGAUCCUUGUAACAUGGAUCCUCAAACGGUAUAAUCAUGAAUUGCAAACAUCGGAAAUGUUUAGCACAGCUGGAAGAACAGUGAAAUCAGGGUUGGUUGCCUCUGCAGUGGUAUCGUCAUGGACUUGGGCUGCUACACUGCUGCAAAGCUCUGGUGUUGCGUACAAGUAUGGUGUUUCCGGACCUUUUUGGUAUGCAUCCGGAGCCACUGUUCAGAUCUUAUUGUUUGCGACUAUUGCCAUUGAGUUGAAGAGAAGAGCGCCAAAUGCUCAUGUAGGUUUGGGAAUUCCAGCAGGGAUAGAAACAUACUGAUACAGUGUAGACUUUUCUUGAAAUUAUCAAAGCUAGAUAUGGAGUACUUGCUCAUAUUGUCUUUACCGUCUUUGGUUUAAUGACAAACAUUCUUGUUACUGCAAUGCUUUUGACAGGCGGUGCAGCUGUGGUGUCUUCUUUGACUGGAAUGCCUACAGCAGCGGGUAAGAGAGAACCUUUUGAGAUCCGAUGACCAACUACUUACAUACUUCAGCAUGUUUCCUUUUACCACUAGGUGUCAUCAUGUACACCAUGUUCGGUGGUAUCAAAGCCACUUUCCUCACCGACUGGGUGCAUACCUUUAUGCUUUUGAUUAUCAUCCUAAUAUUCGCAUUCAGCGCCUACGCAACAAGCGAUGUACUGGGAUCACCAAAAGCAGUCUUUGAUCUUUUAAUUAAGGCAGCUGCUGAACAUCCAGUCGAGGGCAAUUCCGGUGGUAGCUAUCUUACCAUGAAAUCCUCAGAAGGCGCUAUCUUCUUCGUAAUCAAUAUUGUUGGAAAUUUCGGAACGGUCUUCUUGGACAAUGGAUACUAUAACAAGGCCAUAGCAGCAUCUCCAGUUCAUGCUCUUCCAGGAUACAUCAUGGGUGGAGUCUCUUGGUUUGCCAUUCCAUGGCUCUGUGCGACAACUAUGGGUCUAGCAGCCAUUGCUCUCGAAGGCAAUCCCGUCUUCCCCACCUAUCCCAACCGCAUGGAUCCCGCCGAUGUCUCAGCAGGUCUCGUACUUCCAUACGCCGCCGUUGCUCUCCUCGGAAGCGGCGGUGCCGUCUGCACACUUUUGAUCGUCUUCAUGGCUGUUACAUCGGCAUCAUCUGCCGAGCUUAUCGCUGUAUCCUCAAUCUUCACAUAUGAUAUCUAUCAAACAUAUUUCAACCCCGGCGCAAGCGGAAAGAGAUUGAUUUACAUGAGUCAUGCAAUGGUCAUCGGGUUUGGUUUAUUCAUGGCUGCUUUCUCAACAGGUUUAUACUACGCUGGUAUCUCCAUGGGCUAUCUCUACCUAAUGAUGGGAGUAAUCAUCUCCUCAGCCGUGAUUCCCGCAACUCUGACAAUUAUGUGGGCUGGUCACAACCGAUGGGCCGCCACACUCACUCCUCCUCUAGGCCUCAUCUGCGCGGUCAUAGCCUGGCUCGUCACCGCCAAGGAACAAUGCGGCAGCCUGGACGUCGAUUGCACCGGUUCUAACAACCCUAUGUUGGCAGGAAACGUCACGGCUCUUCUCUCACCUCUCAUCUUCACACCCUUAUUCACCCUAAUCUUCGGCUGGGAUGAAUACGACUGGAAAUCAAUGGCCGCAAUCCGCAGAGGCGACGAUCACGAUUUAGCAGAAGAAGCAGAUGUAGACCUCGAAUUAGUACCAGGCGAAACACGUACAUCAGCCGUGGAAGAAACCCUCGAACAAGUAAAACUUCUGCGGGCUUCCAAAAUUGCAAAGGGAAUGACCGUCAUUCUUACACUUGCACUAUUAAUUUUGUGGCCUAUGCCCAUGUACGGCAGCGGCUAUAUUUUCUCGGAGAAAUUCUUCACCGGAUGGGUGGUAGUAGGUAUCAUCUGGUUGAUCGGCAGUAUGUUAACCGUAGGCGUCUAUCCCGUCUUCGAGGGUCGACAUUCGUUGGCGAGAACGGCAAAGGCUAUCUAUCUCGAUAUUACAGGAAAACAACAUCCAAGUAGACAUCAUAGACCCGAAGCUACAUAUGUGGAGGGCGUAAAGGAGGAUGGGGUUGAAACGCCACCGAUUGAGCGUAGUAGUGAGAAAGAUAUUGCGGGUAAGAGCGAGCUUACUGCUCAGUAGGAGGGGAUUUGCUGGUUAAAAAAAGGGUUUCUCCUUUUUUCUUCUUUCUUUUUUUGGGUGUGGAAUGAUGAGGAAGGAAGGCUUGAUGAUUGAUACCAGGAACU